GAGAACAAAACAAAAGAAAACCCUCGCACAGAAAACCCUCCAUCUGCAGUCCUCCCGCGCCGCAAUCAUCCAUGGCGGCAGAAGCUGCGCCGCCGUUGUCCUCACCGUCGGCCACAGCAGCAAACCCCGGCCGCAACCCGAAGAGGAAGCGGAAGCCCAAGCCCAAAGCAGCCGGCCCCUCCGCCCUGAACCCUAACUGGGCGCAGCUCCAGUCCAAGCUCCCCCAACGCCCCGCCGCCACCCACCUCGGCAAGCGCAAGCAUGACUCCGGCCCUCCGUCGCCCUCCCGGGCGCCCGCGGAGCCGUCUCCGCCCCCUGAGGCGGUGGUGAAGCUCGAGCCUACCUCCGACGAUGCCAGCUUGACGAAGGCGGUGGCUAUUGACUGCGAGAUGGUCGGGGUAGGUUCCGAUGGCAGCAAGAGUGCCCUCGGCAGGGUCACCUUGGUUAAUUCUUUUGGCAAUGUCGUGUAUGAUGAAUACGUUCGAACAGUGGAGCGAAUUGUGGAUUACCGCACACGCAUUAGUGGGAUUAGACCUAAGCACAUGAAUAAAGCCAAAGAAUUCUGGGUUGUGCAGAAGGAAGUAGCUGAGCUGAUUAAAGGAAGAAUUCUUGUUGGGCAUGCACUGCACAAUGAUCUUAAGGUUUUGCUACUAAGCCACCCAAAGAAGGACACUCGGGAUACAUCAGAAUAUGAAAUUUUCCGAAGGGAGAGAAAGAGGCGGUCAUUGAAGGAUCUUGCCAAUGAAGUACUUGGUGCUAAAAUACAACAGAGUGAACACUGCCCCAUUGAGGAUGCCCGAGCUGCGAUGUUCAUUUACAACAAGCACAAGAAAACAUGGGAGAAGAACAUGAAAGAACAAUUCAGGUUCAAAAAGAAGCUCAAGAAGCGAGGCAAGAAGAAACCUGCUGAGUCCAAUACAAAUGACCCCAAUGUCCCGACUGUGCUUCUAUAGAGACUAGCAAAAGAUACCUGGGAACCUGUGCGAACCAUUUCCAUACUCGACAUGAAGUUUUUCACUCUGACAAGUGGUAUGGAUAUGAUAAAUCCUACUGGAACUGUCUCAAGUCAGUAUCUAACCAUAAAACUUUCAGAGAAUACUUGAUGCCAAUGUCGUGAUUUGAAAACCAUUGAUUCAUAAUUCUCUGUGUAGCAUUUGUCCUAGGGAAACAAUGUUUGUAAUGAAAAUUUUGUAGUUGAACAUCCAUGUACACUGUAGUGUGUAAAUUCACACUUGCAUUCAGGUUUUGUAACAAACAUUUCCACCAUCAACUGAAAAAUGUCACAGGUGACAAGAUUGGGUUGCUGAGAA